AUGGUUCUAACAGACCACUGGCCGUGGUCCGGUGUCCAGACCUUGAGCGAAGCCUUGCGUGGGGAGCGGGGAUCUGUCCGUCCGCAGGGCUCACUCGCUGGAAGCCUUCAUCUGCUUGCAGAAGGCGUCGAACUGCUGCUGUUCCAGCUCGGUCAUCACCCGGUUGAGGGCCUGAAGGAGCAGCUGCAGACCCUUCAGGACAGCGAGCGCGAGCACACGGAGGCCCUGGCUCUGCUGAAGCACCAGCUGGCCGAGACCAAGUCCUCGGCCAAGAGCCUGCGGGCCACCAUCGGCGAGGCGUUUGAGCGGCUGCACCGGCUGGUCCGCGAGCGCCAGAAGGCCAUGCUGGAGGAGCUGGAGGCCGACACGGCCCGCACGCUGACCGACAUCGAGCAGAAGAUCCAGCGCUACGGCCAGCAGCUGCGCAAGGUGCAGGAGGGCAGCCAGAUCCUGCAGGAGCGGCUGGCGGAAACCGACAAGCACUCCUUCCUGGCGGGCAUCGCGUCUCUCUCGGAGAGGCUGAAGGGGAAGAUCCACGAAUCUAACCUCACCUACGAGGACUUCCCCACCUCCAAGUACAUGGGGCCUCUGCAGUACACCAUCUGGAAAUCCCUCUUUCAGGACAUCCAGCCGGUGCCUGCCACGCUGACGCUGGACCCCGCCACUGCCCACCAGCGCCUGAUCCUGUCCGACGACUGCACCAUUGUGUCCUAUGGCAACUUGCACCCGCAGCCGCUACAGGACUCGCCCAAGCGCUUCGACGUGGAGGUGUCGGUGCUGGGCUCGGAGGCCUUCAGCGGCGGCGUCCACUACUGGGAGGUGGUGGUCUCGGAGAAGACCCAGUGGAUGAUCGGCCUGGCCCACGAGGCCGUCACCCGCAAGGGCAGCAUCCAGAUCCAGCCCAGCCGCGGCUUCUACUGCAUCGUCAUGCACGACGGCAACCAGUACAGCGCCUGCACGGACCCCUGGACGCGGCUGAACGUCAAGAGCAAGCUGGAGAAGGUGGGCGUCUUCCUGGACUACGCCAAAGGCUUGCUCAUCUUCUACAACGCCGACGACAUGUCCUGGCUGUACACCUUCCGGGAGAGGUUCCCCGGGAAGCUGUGCUCCUACUUCAGUCCCGGGCAGAGCCACGCCAACGGGAAGAACGUGCAGCCGCUGCGGAUCAACACCGUCCGCAUCUGAGGACGCUCCGGUCUCAGACCCUCCAGGCGGAGAAGCGGGGAUUACUCCGACGCGGGCAGAAGGCCGGCUGCUCUUGACAACUUGUCCGGUUGCCGGGACUGAACGCGGGGGAUCCUUCACGGGUAGGCCAGUCCAGGCCAGGGGGAUCCCCCCAGGGCAGAGAGUGGGAAGAGGCUCUGUGGACGAUGGGCCUUGGACUCCCUGCUCGGAGUCUGCCCAGAUGCAGCGAGGGCUGCUAUAAUGGGACACCUUUCAGGGAGCAGGGCUGCAAAUGUCCUCCCAUUCGUGCAGCCCCAGACCUGUUUCUUUGCAUGCUUUUCCCCAAAGUUCCCCCACCCUGUCAUUUUUGCAAAGCUGGGGGAGUGGGGGGCGGGUCCGUGGUUUUAAUCUUAGCUGGUUUUAAUUCCUGCUUCGGGAGCUGGGCAGGAAGGAGUGGGAACAGAUCGACCGAUUGUAAAAUAAACGGGACUGGCGGGUCUCAACUCUCAGCUGGAACAGAGCGAUUGGCUGUUGAUAGCGCUUUGCAGGAGACCUGGGUUCCCCGCUCGCCAGCCUCCGUGUGCAAGGACUGAGGGGACGAUGGGUCACAGUAGCUGCCUCUGUGCAAGCUUCACCUGACCGCCAAAUUAACCCACGUCCUGGGCUUCCUCGACACGCUAAGCCCCCCAAAACCAGCAGGGCGUUUGCUGGCCAGCCGAAAGCCCACAGCAUGGCUUUGCAGAGCUGUCUUGGCACGAGAGGCCUGUUUCACAAUAUAAGUGCUAAAAAAGAACCCUGGAGGACCUCAGGGGGCCCCGUGGCCCCUACAGACUUGGUGCUAAACGCCGGGGAUCUUUUCAGAGUUUUGCCUAGUCUUAAAUCCAAACCAUUGUCUUGAACUGCUGCAUGUGACACUCCACGCUGGCCACAAGAGGGCAGUGUUGGCUUAAUUCAUGCCAUUGACCACUUGCAUGAGAAGAAAGGAGGUGGGGGUGUAAGGGGGGGGUGGGGGGGGAGGAUAAAA